AUGGGUAUGGUGGUUUCGAAAUUGCUCGACCGACUAUGGGGCAAGAAGGAGAUGCGUAUCCUGAUGGUCGGUCUCGACGCUGCCGGAAAGACCACUAUUCUUUAUAAGUUGAAGCUCGGUGAAAUUGUCACCACUAUCCCUACGAUCGGAUUCAACGUCGAGACUGUCGAAUACAAGAACAUUCAAUUUACCGUGUGGGAUGUCGGUGGUCAGGACAAGAUCCGUCCUUUGUGGCGACACUAUUUCCAGAACACCCAGGGUAUCAUCUUCGUCGUCGACAGCAACGAUCGCGACCGUAUCGUCGAGGCUCGUGAGGAAUUGCAGCGUAUGCUCAACGAAGAUGAACUCCGUGAUGCCCUUCUCCUUGUUUUCGCCAACAAGCAGGACUUGCCGAAUGCAAUGAGCAUUGCCGAGAUCACCCAACAACUUGGUCUCCAGAGCUUGMCCCGCCGUGCCUGGUACAUCCAAUCUACUUGCGCUACCACUGGUGACGGUUUGUACGAAGGUUUGGAAUGGCUCGCCGAGACUCUGCGAAAGACUGGACGUGAUUAG